AUGCUGCCUUACCUGUUCCCUGAGCUGUCCACCUUUGCUACAGUCGCCGAUCUUAUCACCCACCUUCGCACUAGUGACGCUCGCCUGCGUGCCGCCCUUCCCACCGAGUUCUGCGCUAAGAACCCCCCUCCACUGUACUGGACACUCCACUUCAUAGUCACCCGUCUCCCUGACACCCUCAGCUCAGUGCGCGACUAUUUCCUUGCUCGCUGUCCCACUGAGCUCACUGUCGCCCUCCUAGAGGAGAAGCUGCUAGCAGCCGAGAAGAGCAUUGUAGCUGUAGGUGCUGCUCGCGGCGCUCCUCGCACCCCCAUCUUUGGGGUGUUCUUCUCCCUCGCCCCCCUCGCUCCCUCCUACGCUACUACUCUGCUGCUGCUGUUGACUUCCUUGGUGCUGAGUCUGCUGGCGCUGCUUCUGCUCCUGGUGGGAGGCGCCGCACUGGCAAGGGCAAGGGGGGCAAGGGUGGCGGGGGUGGCGCUGGGGGGGGAGGGGGUGGGGGAGGUGGGGGGGGAGGCGGUGCUGGAGGGAGCGGUGGCGGGAGUGCCGGUGGGAGUGGGGCCGGCGGCGGAGGCGGGGGCGGCGGCGGGAGCAGUGGCGGUGGUGGCAGCGGCGGCAGUGGCGGCGUUUGCGGUAGUGGGCGGUGGGCGGUGGGCGGUGGUGGCGGUCGGCGGAGGCCGCUGUUCCUAUGUCAUUCGCACAGGUGAUCGCAAGGGACAGACGUGUGGGAGGUUUCACACCCCGUACCGCUGCUUCUUCCGCCUUGACGACGCUUGGCGUGAGGAGAUGGGCGAGGAUGUUGAGCGCCCUCGCUGGGCUGAGCUGAUGAGGGCUGGGGUUGAUAUCUUUGCUCUUGACUAUGAUGCUAUUAUAGCUGCCAUGUAUGCAUUGACUGUUAGUGCCGAGGGAGACUGUUACUUGUGUGUGCCGCCUGACCCAGGUAUAGAGCCCGCUGCCCUAGGUACUAGUGAGUCUGCUCUCUCUGGUAUGGUGCCCCCUGUACCUGCUCCCUCCUGCACUGUCCCUGCUGCUUGCGAGUCUGCUCUCUCAGGUACAGCACCCACAGAGACUGCUCUCUCAGUCUCCUUGGCUGAUCCCUCUGGGGGCCCGGUCCUUGCCCGGUCCACCACUGUGCUCCCUUGUCCGGCGGUUCCGUCUGGCUCGUUGACAGGUUUCCACCUCCCCUCGUUCUCGACGAACCUGGUGAGCAACGCUGUCCUCCAGGAUCAGUGGGUUGACACCUUCACCCCUGGAGGACAGGUUUGUGGCGAUCUGCACGUGCUCCAGGACCGGCCGUCACCUGGCUACACUCUUCUCUGGCACCACCGCCUGGGUCACCCCUCCUUGCCACGCCUCCGUGGCAUGCACCGUCGCCACCUUGUGUCUGGUCUUCCCAGGUCCCUCCCUCCCCUCCCUGCCUCGCCUGCGCCGCCUUGCCUUCCUUGCGUCGAGGGGCGGCAGCGCGCCGCUCCUCACUCCUCCUCGUUCCCCCCGACAGAGGCUCCUCUGCAGACCCUCCACCUGGACGUGUGGGGCCCAGCCCGCGUUCGUGGUCAGGGCGGUGAGCGGUACUUUUUGCUGGUUGUCGACGACUACUCGCGUUACACCACGGUCUUCCCCUUGCGCACCAAGGGUGAGGUCCCUGCUGUUCUGAUCCCUUGGAUCCGCACAGUUCGUCUCCAGCUCCGCCGCCGUUUCCGGACGGAUCUUCCUGUCCUGCGUCUGCACUCUGACAGAGGUGGUGAGUUUUUUCCCGACCUCUUGAGGACCUUCUGUCAGGCGGAGGGCAUCGAGCAGACCUUCACGCUUCCGGACUCCCCACAGCAGAAUGGGGUUGCUGAGCGCCGCAUUGGCCUGGUCAUGGAGGUCGCUCGUACCUCCUUGGUCCACGCGGCGGCUCCCCAUUUUCUGUGGCCGUUUGCUGUCCGGUACGCCGCGCAUCAGCUCAACCUCUGGCCGGCCCCUGUCUCCUUGCCAGAGACCUCGCCCACACUGCGUUGGACGGGGGAGGUUGGCGAUGCGUCGCGCUUCCGGGUGUGGGGUGCUCGUGCCCUUGUCCGCGAUACGUCCGCGGACAAGCUCUCCUCCCGCACGCUUCCCUGUGUCUUCCUUGGCUUUGUAGACCCUCCUCCCGUCGCUGAGCCUGUCGAGGUCACAGGUGACUCAGGUGCUGCUGCAGGUGGUGCUGAGUCUGGGGGUGCUGAGCCUGAGGGUGCUGGGCCUGGGGGUGCUGGGACUGCGGGUGCUGGGGCUGAGGGUACUGUGCCUGAGAGUUCGGCGCCUGGGGGUGCUGAGCCUGGGGGUGCUGCGACUGGGGGUGCUGAGCCGGCGUGUGCGGAGUCUGGGGGUGCUGAGUCUGGGGGUGCUGCGCCUGCGGGUACUGAGCCUGGGGGUGCUGCUACUGAGCCUACGGAGCCUCGGGUUGCUGCGUCUGGGGGUGCUCCGGUUCGGGGUGCUGAGCAGUCUCUCACACCACAGCAGCUUCGUGACUGGUACGUCCGGCGCUUUCGCCGUCCUCGUGGCUCGGCUGGAGCUGGGGGUGCUGGAGCUGCCGGGACUGGUUGUUCUGGGAGCACUACGACUGGAGCUGCUGGAGCUGGGGACUCUGGAGCUGGCGGCGCUAGCGGAGUUGUAGCUGCGGACCCUGGGGGUGGUGCUGCUGCUGGUGCUGCGGACCCACCUGGUGGAGCUGCUGCUGGAGCUGAGGACCCGGGCGGUGGCGCUGCUGCUGGUGCUGGGGACCCGGACGCUGGAGUCUCUUCUGCUUCUGGAGCCGCUGCGCGGCCGCGGCCGUACUUCGUACCGCUCCUUCAGCAGGUUCUUGGGCAGGCUCCUCCUCCUUGUCCUCCUCCCUCCGUAGAGUGUCCUCCGACUGUCCAGCCGCAGUCACAGUUGCCGCCUGCCUCGCCUCUCCCUGCUGCCCUUCUCCUUACACUGGUCCCACAGGAGGUCUUACAGAGCGUCUCUGACCGGUAUCGUGCUGAGCACCCUACUGUCACGCGUCUCCUAGCUACUGUUGUCACUGACCCUACCUUUGAGUCCUCUGCUGUGUCUGCUCUGGUCGCUGAGUUGGUCGACUUUGCUGCUGCCUGUCGUCUAGACUACGCCGCUAGUCUUGUUGCUGAGUCUGGGUCUGUCUGUCCUCCGUCCGUCGGGGGUGAGUGUGCUCUUGGCACGGACCUCCGCAUGCUAGACAUCCCUCGCGAGAUGCAUGGUCAGACGCAGCAGGUCACUGCCUCAGAGGCAUACUGGCAGACAGCCAUGGACAUGAGAUGGCAUCCUGGAAUCCUGAAGUCCACAGGCACCUACGUCGACGAGGUUCCCCCUCCUGGGGCGAACAUCGUCGAUGGCAUGUGGAUUUUCAGGGUGAAGCGGCCGCCAGGUUCUCCGCCUGUCUUCAAGGCUCGUUACGUUGCUCGAGGCUUCACCUGCACGAGGAGAUCUGGCUACGCGCCCCCACCUGGCUUUACUGGGUCGUUUCCUCCUGGUACCCAGUGGAGCCUCCGCCGGCCAGUCUACGGUCUCCGCCAGGCGCCACGCGAGUGGCACGACACACUGAGGACUACACUUGCGGCUCUUGGGUUCGCGCCGUCUACUGCUGACCCGUCGCUGUUUCUGCGCACAGACACGUCGCUGCCGCCGUUCUACAUUCUCGUGUACGUCGACGACUUGCUUUUGCUACUGCUGACACUGAGGCACUCGCUCAUCACCCGGGACAGAGCUCGCCGCACCAUCACCCUGACUCAGUCACACAUGGUGCAGCAGGUCACACAUGGUGCAGCAGGUCCUUCAACGCUUCGGCUUCCAGUUCUCCUCACCACAGGCCACACACGUCUGGCUACCAGUCACUCGCUCUCAGCUCCACCUCCGGACGAGUCCGUAGAGCCGAGUGGCCCGUACCCAGAGCUUGUGGGCUGCCUCAUGUACCUGAUGACUUGCACGCGACCUGACCUCGCGUACCCUCUUAGCAUCCUUGCUCGUUACGUUGCACCUGGGAGACACAGGCGAGAGCACUGGGAGGCUGCUAAGAGGGUGCUGCGCUACUUGUGCAGUACAUCAGGCAUGGGGCUGGUGCUUGGAGGACACGACAGAGUUGUCCUCACUGGUCACUCGGACGCUUCUUGGGUGGACGACCUGGCUACGCAGCGGUCGUCACAGGGUUACACCUUCAGCCUUGGCUCUGGUUCUGUCUCGUGGCGGUCCACCCGUUCUUCUUCUGUUCUCAGCUCUAGUUGUGAGGCUGAGAUCUACGCCACGGCCAUGGCUGCACAGGAGUUACGCUGGCUCACCUACCUGCUGACUGACUUGGGAGAGCGGCCUAGUUCUCCUCCAGUUCUGUACGGCGACAACAAGGCGGCCCUUGCCUUGUGUCAGGAGCACAGACUGGAGCACAGGACGAAGCACAUUGCUCUUCGCUACUUUCUUGCUCGAGAGCUUCAGCAGCGCGGUCAGCUUCGGCUUGUGUACGUGGACUCGAAGGCCAACACUGCUGAUAUCUUCACCAAGGCGCUCCCGCCUAGUGAUCAUCAGCGGCACUGUACUUCUUUAGGCCUUGUGUCCACGUUUCCUCACUUGCUCACUGCUUGA